AUGGCCGCCACACGCCCCGCUACCUCCCCCGACCCCAACGAUGUCAACAAGAAGCAGAAGACCGUCCAGGUCAAGAAGAAGGUCUGUUUGAUCGUUCACGAUGGAUGGGGUCUCUCCGACAACGAAAAGGGCAAUGCCAUCCACCACGGUGACACUACCAACAUGGACCACAUCCGAGACAAGCACAACUUUGUCCCCCUCGAGGCUCAUGGUCUCGCCGUCGGCCUCAAGGAGGGUUUGAUGGGUAACAGUGAGGUCGGGCACUUGAACAUUGGUGCCGGUAGGAUUGUCUGGCAGGACAUUGUCAAGAUUGACCAAUCGAUCAAGAAGGAUGAGUUUGCCAAGCAGCCCGCCAUCGUCCAGUCCCUCAAGCACGCGAAGGAGAACAACGGCCGUCUCCACCUUCUCGGUCUCGUCUCUGACGGUGGUGUCCAUUCCCACAUCCAGCACCUCUUUGCCCUCCUCCGAGCCGCCAAGGCCGCCGAGGUCCCCCACGUCUACAUUCACUUCUUCGGUGAUGGCCGAGACACUGCCCCUAGGUCUGCUAGCAAGUACGCCCAGCAGCUUCUCGACUACAUCAAGGAGAUUGGUAUUGGAGAGAUCUCUACUGUCGUCGGCAGGUACUAUGCCAUGGACCGAGACAAGAGGUGGGACCGAGUCAAGAUUGCCGUGGACGGUUUGAUCAAGGGCGAGGGCGACAAGACCACCCAGGACAAGCUUGUAGAGACCAUCGAGGAAGGUUACAAGAAGGAUGUGACCGACGAAUUCAUCAAGCCCAUUAUUUCCGGUUCCGAGGACUCUCGUAUCCAGAAGGGCGAUACCAUCUUUACCUUCAACUACCGAUCUGACCGUAUGCGUGAACUCGCUUCCGUUCUUGGUCUCCCCGACAAGCCCAUGGACGUCACCGUCCCCGAGGACCUCCACAUCACCACAAUGUCUCGUUACAAUGCCGAAUUCCCCUUCCACAUUGCCUUCCCCCCUCAGGGCAUGACCAACGUUCUCGCUGAAUGGCUCGGCAAGCAGGGUGUUAAGCAAUGCCACAUUGCCGAGACUGAAAAGUACGCCCACGUCACCUUUUUCUUCAACGGUGGUGUCGAGAAGCAAUUUGAGAACGAGGAGCGAGAGAUGAUCCCCUCUCCCAAGGUUGCCACCUACGACAAACAGCCCGAGAUGUCUGCCCAGGGUGUCGCCGACAAGGUUGCCGAGAUUGUCAAGUCUGACAAGUUUGAAUUCGUCAUGUGCAACUUUGCUCCCCCCGACAUGGUUGGCCACACUGGUGACUACGAAGCUGCCGUCAAGGCUAUCACUGCCACCGACAAGGCUGUCAAGACGGUCUACGACGCUUGUGAAGAGGCUGGCUAUGUGCUUUGUAUCACUGCCGACCACGGUAACGCCGAGCAAAUGCUUGACCCCAACACUGGUAACCCCCACACCGCCCACACCACUAACCCCGUUCCUUUCAUUGUCACUGGUGACAAGGGUGCUCUCGAGGUUGCUGGCGAGCCCGGAGCGCUUGCCGAUGUCGCCCCUACCGUCCUCGACAUCCUCGGUCUGCCCCAGCCUGAAGAGAUGAGCGGUCGAUCUCUCCUUGCCAAGAAAUAA